CACUACAAACGUCUAUAAAAACAACACUCCAGGAUCCGUCCGGGCCAACAAUUCAUUAAACUUCGACCGACGAGCUCCUGGUUUUGCAAUCUUCCCGCCACCAUGGGGCACUUGUUUGUGCUGUGUCUUCUCUUGCUCGGUGGAGUCAGCGAUGCAAGGCGUCAACGCCACGAGGAGCGCCGCGAGUUUACCGGCGAUGACAUGAGAGGAAUUAUGAAAUACUUGAAGAAGUACGGCUACAUGGCCACGAAUCUGGAUUUUGGGAGGCCCAUCGCUUCCAUCGACGACCCUCGGCUAACUACGGCCUUACGCAGGAUGCAGGGAUUCUUCCACCUGCCGGCUACGGGCGAACUGGGCCGGCAGACGGUCGAGAUGAUGAGACAGCCCCGCUGCGGUUGCCCGGACGUGAUGGAUGGUGGUGUUGGCGGUGACGGGGCUGAUGUAGUCAUGAUCAACCGAGAAUCGCCUCAGGAUUAUAACAUCGCCGGCCGGAGAUUCAGGUGGACGCAGACGGAUCUCAGCUUCCGAUACGUGAAUUAUCCGUCGGGCCCACAUUCUCUACAGCCGGACGAGGUGCGCCGAAUCGUCAGGCGAGCCUUCAACCUCUGGAGUAACGUCACUCCCCUUACGUUUCGCGAGGUCAAUGACCCUUCGCAGGGGGUCGACAUCAGGAUCAAAUUUGGGCGUGGCCACCACCACCCGGAGGAGCCGGGUACGACGGCAUUCGAUGGGCGGGGCGGCGAGUUAGCACACGCCUUCGCACCCUAUAGCUUCUGGGGCGAGCUGGAGGGAGACAUUCACUUUGACGAUGAUGAAAUGUUCACGGCUGAUGGCAUUGAAGGGUAUGCCUUGCUCCUGGUAGCCGCUCACGAGAUUGGGCACAGCCUGGGCCUGGCUCACUCAGACGAUCCAGAUAGUCUCAUGUGGCCCAACUACAUGUAUGUCCCCGUCAAUGGCUACAGACUGCCGCCGGACGACGUGCGAGGAAUCCAAAAGAUUUACGGUUCGAGACCACGCGCUCGUCCAACGCCCGAAUCUGACGGGGCGAUGAUCGUUCCGCCAACACCGCGCACUGGAGACGAAAAGAAACGAACGCCGGACGCAGUGUCCGCUAUGUGCCAGGAGCCGUUCACUGCUCUACUGAAAAAGGACGAUAAACUGUUCGCGUUCAGGGACAAUAUGGUCUGGCGAAUCCGUGUCAGAGACAGACGCCUGUUAUCACCUCCGAGCGGGGAACCAGCCAAACGGUUCUGGAAAGGAAUACCCGAUCGGAUAACCGCCGCGUACCAGCGACAGGAUGGCAAUGUGGUCUUCUUCAAAGGUACAAAGUACUACGUGUACAAAGGCAAACGGCGAGCCAACCGUCCAAUGCGAAUCCGUACAAUGGAGAUCAGACGACCACCCAUGGCCGCACUGAGAGCCAGCACUGACAAGGUCUACCUGCUGCGAGGCAAUGAGGUGUGGCUGUACGAUGAGUCUGCGGGGUCAGUUGAUGCAGGAUACCCACGAAAUGUCGGGGCCGUGUGGGCUGAUUUGCCGGCCGGCGUGACGGGAGGAGAGAUGCUAGAUGACGGUAACGCCUUGUUCUUGAAAGGCAACCGAUAUUUUGAGGUGGACAUGAAUAAUCGAGUGACGUCACCACGCGGGAGCCAAUCACGUCUGUUCAGUGUGGAUUUUCUUGGAUGUCCUGCACCUUGAAGCGGCCACACUGCAUCGCCAUAAUAAACAGCUAUCAUUACACUUGCAGUUAUCUUAUUGUAAACCCUCCGUUGUAAUAAUAAUAAUAAUA